AUGGGACGCUGCCCCAUCGUUGACCUCGGCGUCUCCGCCCCACGAAAAGGAGAGGUUUUCACCUUGGCCUACUCCAGCGGCUCCUUCAGUAAGCCAAGAACUCAAGAUCUCCCCUACACCUGCUCCUUCAGUAAGCCAAGAGCUCAAGAUCUCUCCUUCACCUGCUCCUUCAGUAAGCCAAGAAUUCAAGAGCGCUCUCGGACCCAUCACGGUCACCUUCCUGGCGCCUCAGAUGCACCUCAAUACCUCAAUCGGCCCUUCACGUGCGAUGUGUGCGGGAAAGGCUUCAUGCGACGAACCACCCUCAACGGACAUCGAACCAUUCACGACGCCUCUCAGUUCUCGUGUCCCACCUGCAACCGCAGCUUCAAGCGCUCGUCCGAAAGGCUUAUUCAUAUCCUACUGAAGGUGUGUCUGCGGAAGCAAAGAAUCCUUCGUCGGACAGUCAGUGGCUGGUUUUGUGAUGUCUGCGACGAGAGCGUUCCCGUGCCGGAGGAACACCAGUGUCCUGUCAAAGGUCGACGCCGUCAGUGUCCUGUCUGCGGGAUGGACUUCGGCGGACAGCGCGACCACAAGAUGUUGACUCAUGUCCGCCAGGAACACCCAGAGUUCCUGGCCUCGUUGUAA